GCGAAUCCAUGCACAGUGGAUCUACUUGGUCACACCAAUAACAUAAGAAGAGGCAAACUCGAGCGUAAUCAAAAACCUUCCUUCUGUUUUUCGACGGUAAAACGGUAUGUUUACAUUCAUAAACUUUCAUCGAAAAAGGAGCACGGUACACAUCAGAUCGAAGUUUCCUAAUUGGUAAUGGAGAGCUGCCCUCCCGUGUUCCAAAUUUCUGGGAUCAAAAAUUGUGACAAGAAGAGAGUUUUGCUCCAGGGAAUCAAGCAGCUGAGUGGAAAAUAUCUUGGUGGUUCCGUUUACCAGAGCGAUUGUACCCAUUUAAUAAUCCCAAAAGUUUUGGCCAGCGAGAAAUGUUUGGCUUCUUGUGCUGCAGGAAAGUGGGCUGUGACUCCGAAGUACGUUCUGGACAGUGUUCAGAAUGGUUCCUGGCUCCCGGAGGGGCCCUAUGGGGUGGGCAUUUCCGUAGAUACCUUAUCUGCGGCCUUCCAUCCUAUUAGACAAUGGAGGGAGAAGGUGACCAGUGGAGCAAUAACAGGGGCCUUCCAAGGUUGGAGGGUUCUUCUCAUGGUCCAAGAUUCUUCCCGUUCAGUCAUGUUCAAACGGCUCCUGGAAGCUGGUACCGCCACAGUCUACAGCUAUCCUCCUCCUGCUCACGCCUCCAUCACUCACGUCAUAGCCAAGCCCGUCACGCAGGACGCCAAUUCCCACAAUGCACCUUGCCUCCCUGUAAACCACAUCAUCCAGUACCUCUUUGGGAGCAACUUAGUUGACAUGAAGUUUAACAUAACAGAUGAUAAUGACGCAAUGGAAGCCAGUACUGCGGAAGUGGACUUUUCUCAACUUGAAGCUGACCUCAGGGACCAUACCAUCAAACACGAGGGCCAUCCACGACUGCUCUUCCUCGAUUUCCUUGAUUACCACGACCCCCAUCGUCCUCUGUCCGAGGGAGACGAAACAGACUUGAGCUACAUCGGCGCCAUGAUCGAUUCCGGCCUCUUCAUCGAAGCCAUGGCGGACAUCCGAAGUGAAACGUGCCCGGGGAUUCUGCCGCCGGCAUCGUACCUGGUGUCUCUGAUGGACUACGCACAGCGGGGUAUGGCCACAACUGUCUUCCUGAGCAGCUUCCAACAAAUAAUGCAUGGGUUGCUAGUUAGCAACCCUCCUUGGCUGGCUCCCGCCAACGUGAAUUUUUACAGCCAGGUGUUGCAGUGCCCUCGCUGCAAGAUGGGCCAGUGGGCUUUUCUAGAGUCAGCCAUCAGUUACUGCCUGUCAAGUGAGGCCACUUGUCACCAGCUCCCUCGUCCUGGACUGCCAACUCUCUUACACUUCUACAGAGACAUCCUGGCAUUUUUUCUAAAGCUAUUUCAAGGGGAAGUCUACUCCAUCACCACGGGGCAGCUUCGAGAACCGCGAGUCUGCCAGGUCUCCGGUUCAUCCGGUUCUUUGAUGUACCAAACCUUCUGGACCGUGUGGGAACGCUCGCGUCUAUUGUCACAUGCUGUAAAAAAACUGGUCCAGCUCACGGUUCAGGCUGCCUCUGGGGACAACGCGGACCGCGACGAGAAGCACAAAUCAAAUCUACUGUCCGUCCUGCUGAACCUCCUGUCAGUGUUGGUGGAGUUUUGGUGCACAAAGCAUUUCAAACUGAACCCGGCGCUUGUGGAACGUGGACUACAAGACCUUGCAGAGCACUUUGCCAUCAAGAGCCAAUGUCUGUCGACAGUCGUCCUCACUGAGAUGGUGGCCGGUAUUUCCUCAACCAGGUUUAAGCUAGCGUCGGUGGACGCAAUAUUCAGGAAUAUCUGCCGCAAUACUGAAAUCACAGUGGGCAGUGAAGCUUUGUCUCUCAAGAAAUUGGUGCUGUCCUACCUGCCUGCGUUGGAACGUUUAUCCCAGAGUCACAGCUGGACACCACACACCACCAACAGCUGCACGAGCCCGAACACCAACAGCAGAACUCUUGGGCCAGUGGAGAAUGAAUCGGGCGGAGACUACAUCCCAAGAGGCCUCGACAAAGUUAAUGCAGCAGGCGAGACCCGCCUCCACAGAGCGUGCAAGACUAACCAAGUGGAAACUGUGCUUUACAUUCUGGCGUGCCCUGGCACCGACGUCAAUGUGAAAGACCACGUGGGCUGGACACCUCUGCACGAAGCAUGUUGCAACGGCAGCGCGGCGUGCGUGGAGGCUUUGCUGCGUCACCGGCCCGCCCCUGACAUGAAAUGCGCGGUGGAUGGGGUCAGCCCUCUGCUGGACGCCCUGCUCAACGGACACUUGAACAUCGCCAAAAUGCUUCUGGAGGCUGCAGGUUCUGAGCUCCUCCAGCAGACGGACGAUAAAGGCCGCACCCCGUUGGACAUGGUCGCCGACCCACAUUGGAAGGCGGAGCUUAUCCACAGCGCGGAAGUGGGCGACGCUAGCCUGAACUCCUCGAAGGUGUUGAACCACGACCUCCUGGAGGCGGGCUCCUGUUUGCUGGCACAUCUCAUCGUAUGCUACAACCGAGAGAAAAGGCCGAGCGGCUGCGCGCCUCCCGCGCUGGCACGUGCCCUGGAGGCGCACUCUUUUCAAAGAGUGACGCAAGGCUGGAAGGACCAGCGAGCGAUAAGGCUUGCGGGAGACACCGACACUCUGCUGGAGAUGGCCAGAGGGAAGCACCGGGGAAAAGUGUGCGAAGCGGUCAAGUCGUGCAAAGGGGAGAAUACGGUGGUCCUCUUGCAGGUGCUGGAGAUUCUGCAGUCUGAAGGAGAAAUCCUCCUGGCUGAGGUAAAAAGCCAUUUAGGGGCAGAAAAGUGAAAACGUACCAACACGUGAUCCUGCUCUGGUAGAUUGAGAAGGUGCCUUUUUUUUUUGCAUACAUUUAAUACUCUUGUGCCUCGCAAUUUAUUAUAAAUGUAUAAGAAAUGUAUAUUAUUUAUUUGGUAUACAUCAACCCAGAGUAUGUUUUGUAUCCCAUAAACCUUCAGUUUAAAAAAUAUUCUGUGCUCAAGCUACUUUUGUGACUUUUGCAUUGAUGUUUUGUUGAAUCUCAAUAGAAAUAAAUA